GCAGCGUGCGGGGAGACUGACGGCGCGGCGCUCUCUUUGUGUUUGUUUUAACAGACUUUUGAAUCGGAACAAACACCUUCAGGUCUCCGAGGCUUCUGGCUCUGAACUGCCUUCACUACUGUCGCCUUCUUCUGUCUAAUGUGCUACAAGGAUGAGCCCAGCAUUUGGAGCUAUGGAAGUGGAGCACUAUUCCAAGGGAGUCCUGCUCGAGCCUUUUGUCCACCAGGUUGGAGGACACUCCUGUGUCCUCCGGUUUAAUGACAAGACCAUCUGUAAACCCCUUAUUCAGAGGGAACACCAGUUCUAUGAGACUCUCCCAACAGAAAUGCGUAAAUUCACUCCGCAAUAUGAGGGUGUGGUGUCAGUGAGCUUUGAAGAGGAUGAAGAUGGAAACUUAUGUCUAAUAGCAUAUCCAUUAAAUGGGGACCACGAUAACUUAGAAAACCUAGAUAAUUCUGACUGUGAACCCAAAAGUAAGCUGUUGCGAUGGACUAACAAAAAGACAAUGUUGUUAGAAAAUGAGAAGAUACCGAAGGAAUGGGUCCGACAGCACAGGAAAGAGGAAAAAAUGAAAAGUCACAAAUUGGAGGAAGAAUUUGAGUGGCUGAAGAAAUCUGAAGUCUUGUAUUAUACUGUAGAGAAAAAAGGAAAUGUCAGCUCACAGUUUAAACACCAUAAUCCUUGGAGCAUGAAAUGUCACCAGCAGCAGUUACAGCGGAUGAAGGAAAAUGCAAAACACCGGAAUCAAUAUAAAUUCAUUUUGCUGGAAAACCUAACGUCUCGAUACGAAGUGCCAUGUGUGUUGGACCUUAAGAUGGGAACCCGACAGCAUGGAGAUGAUGCGUCAGAAGAGAAGAAGGCUAAUCAGAUUCGCAAGUGUCAGCAGAGCACAUCGGCCGUUAUUGGAGUCCGAGUUUGUGGCAUGCAGGUCUACCAGGCAGGCACUGGCCAGCUCAUGUUCAUGAAUAAAUACCACGGAAGAAAACUCUCAGUCCAAGGAUUUAAAGAAGCACUUUACCAGUUCUUUCAUAACGGCAAAUACCUGCGCAGGGAACUCUUUGAAUCUGUUAUUAAAAAACUGACUGAACUCAAGUCUGUCCUAGAGAAACAGGAGUCUUACCGCUUCUACUCGAGCUCCUUGCUGAUCAUUUAUGAUGGAAAGGAAAGGCAGGAAGUUGCUGUUGACUCAGACCCGGAGGACUUAGAGGACCUUUCAGAGGAAUCUUCAGAUGAGUCAGCAGGAGCGUAUGCCUACAAACCAACUGCUAGUACUGUUGAUGUCCGUAUGAUAGACUUUGCCCACACCACUUGCAAGUACUAUGGAGAAGACAGUGUGGUGCACGAGGGCCAAGACACGGGUUAUGUUUUUGGACUUCAGAAUUUAAUAGAUAUUAUUAAAGAAAUAAGAGACGAAAGUAGUGAAUAAAACGGUGUGAAUGCACAGCAGUAGAAAGCACUAUCGUGACUCUUUGUAUUCCAAAAUUAUUGGCCACUUUCUGGUGGUAGGAAUCUUUACAGGCUCUGCAGGGAUGGUCCCGUCAGAGUCAGACUUGUUCAGAGGGCAUUUACUUAUAUUGGUGCUGGACCUAGCACUGGCAAAACUUGGUAUCCUUAUUUAUUUUAACUUUCUUAAACAUUCCAUAUUUGAUUACUCAGAUACCUCUGUUAUCCCUGUGUGUAUACGUUCCAAUAAAAUUCUUUUUGUUCAUUGUAAA